AUGCCACGUAAGCUACGUAAGAAUAUACGUAAGAGGAAGAGAGCAUUGAAACAUCCAAUAGUAAAACUGACACCACAACAACAGUUGCAACAACAAAUGCUGAAUGACCCCACUAUGUUGCAACAAAUGUCAAGCAACCCUAUGCUUUUAAACCGAGUUAUUGGUGCACAGAGUGGAGGUUUAAGAGCGGCACUUUUAGCGAAAAUGGCAGGCUAUGGUGGAGCUGCAGACGGAACAGCUUAUAACCCUCAAAGUCAAAUGAAUUUGAGUUCACUCAAAAAUCAAAUAACAGAUGUCAAAAAGUCAAACAUAGACAUACAGAAACAAAUAAGUGAAAACGAAAAGAAACUAGAAUAUGACAGACACACAAAGAAACUCAAUGAGUUAAACGUAGAGAAAAAGAAGAAAGAAGAACAACUGAAAGAACUAAGUACAGAGGAAUAUGCGAAAAAAGUGUCAGAAAAAGCAGCAGAAGUAGCAAAAAUGGAACAAGAUGUUAUAAAUUUGAAAAACCAUACUACUCAAUAUAAAGUACUGAAAGAUGAAGAAAUAAAACAAAAAGCCCUGAAGACAUAUAUGGAUAGCGAUGAGUAUAAAAAAGAAGUUGAAGCAAAUGUAAAGGCAGAAAAACUUUUACAGUUGCAAAACCAAACCGUACAGUAUGAAAACUUAGCACAAGAAAGUAAAAAUAACGACGCGGCUAUGCAAAAGGCAAUGAAAAGCGCAGAAUAUAUAAAAGCCAACAAUGACUGGUUAGAUGCCCAAGCCAACGCUAAAGCAGCCCAACUCAUAGGGUCAAUAAGGACAAAAAUACAAGCGGAUGAAGACAGUUCAAAUGAAGCUUUAACAAAUGCUGACUUUAAGAACGCCUUCGAAGCUCUUCAUAGUAAGGUGAAACAAGUGAACGACUUCUCAUCUGGAAAGAAACUGAAGUCUGAAGGUUUCGACAAAGAGUUA